AUGAAGCGCGUCCGGGCCGUCUAUUGUACCGUGUCUGGAGUGAAGGUCACCUUGGCUGCCGAGGGAUCCCCAAGAGACCCAAUCCCGCAUGCUGACGAGACUGAUCAAUGGGGAUCUGGUGCUUGUCCGGCGCAUCGUCAGACUGAUGUGUACCUGUUCCACGAAGUAUGCUGGCAUCAUCUGGUGGAGCAUUUCAGUCCCCAUGAGAUGCGUUUGGACUGCCUGUUCCAGGCUUUGGAACGGAUGCCACUACUAUGGAAUGAAUACAAUUACACUCUCCCCCCGGUGGACUUCGCACAGGUGACACGAGAUGGGAGACUUUGUCUACCCAGUGUGGAUGAACUGAUGCGCUUUGCGAGACCACCCCCGGUGUCAUCGCAUCGCACCAUCCAGAGACUCCUCUCCACCCCGCCACAAACAAAAGACGCUCUCCGAAGGCUUCCCUUCGAGUUGAUUGAAACCAUAGCCGCGCUGCUGCCCACACGAGACGUGCUGAAUCUGCGCCACGCAUCACGCGGCGUGACCCCUAUCUUCGCCAGCACUCCAUUCUGGAAGACGCGAUUCUACCUCAACGGCGAACGCGGGUUUCUUCUGCCCGUCGUCCGCGGACAACUUGGUGGCGGCUCUUCGCGGCGCCGAGACAUCGACUGGAGGCUCCUGUAUCACAGCACAUGCCAGCUGAACUGCAGCGGCUGGUUCCGACUAGAGCUUCGAAAGUGGGAGGCGCUGCGCUGGCUCCGCGACACAGCCUUGGCCCUGCAUUCGGGAACAGACCGCCCGCUCGACUUCCGCGGCGCAGCCCUCCAUCACUACCAUCAUACCGUUCCGCGAGGGACAUCUCGUCAGGAGGUGGAGAGCGAGGAUGGGUCUCAUGUUUCAUGGCGGUAUCCCGGCCUUCGGGUCACAAUGGACGUGGUGGACUUCCGCGGGUUUAACGUCAACGACUCCCUGGACGGGAUUCGCGGGGUUUAUAUUGUGCAGGGUAGUGAUGAGUGUCGCAACUGCGACACUGACGACCGCUAUGAUGUCGGCCAUUCACCUGGCUGGCUCGCGCAAGGCCAUCCAUCGCGCUACUCACUGGAUGAAGUCUUCCGCGUCACUGCGGUCUGUGAUGUAGGCUCAGACUCCCCGAAUAUGCCGUUUAAGAGCCGCAAGAUCAUCGACAUCGGAGUAUUAGGUCGAGCAGGGAAUCGCCUCACCCUCACUCGGGUUGCGUGGCAGGAUUUAGUCCUUGAAGGCAAGAAUGCAGGUGAUCUUCCAACCGACUUGGAGCUGAGAUGA